ACCCUCACAGUAGCAGUAGCAGCACUCACCACUGCAUUACUCCAUAGUUAGCUAUGGUGUCUUCAAACCAUUUAGCUGCUAUAUCUCUCUCCUCCCUUCUCCUAGCUCUGCUUCUGUGUUCAGCAGGAGCUAGUUCUUCUUCCAAAAAUGCCACAAAAAUUGGCCAGGGCUACCGUCUUGUCUCCAUUGAAGAGACCCCUGAUGGUGGCCUUAUAGGGAUCCUGCAACUUAAGCAGAAAACCAAAACAUAUGGCCCUGACAUUCCCCUUCUUAGGUUCUAUGUCAAGCAUGAGGCAGAUAAUCGUUUAAGGGUACACAUAACCGAUGCACAGAAGCAAAGGUGGGAGGUUCCCUACAACCUUUUACCGAGGGAGCAACCACCACCUUUGUCUCAAAGCAUUGGGAAGUUCAGGAAGAACCCUAUAACUGUUACUGAGUAUUCUGGUUCUGAAUUUCUGUUUAGCUACACUUCAGACCCUUUUAGUUUUGUGGUUAAAAGGAAGUCUAAUGGUGAGACCCUUUUUGAUACCUCCUCUGGUGAUUCUGACCCUUUUAGUUCUCUUGUUUUCAAGGACCAGUACCUUGAGAUUUCCACCAAACUGCCUAAGGAUGCCUCCUUGUAUGGUUUGGGAGAGAACACACAGCCACAUGGGAUCAAGUUGUACCCUAGUGACCCUUACACCUUGUACACCACUGACAUUUCUGCCAUUAAUCUCAAUGCCGAUCUGUAUGGAUCGCACCCUGUGUACAUGGAUCUCAGAAACUCAGGUGGCAAGGCUUCUGCACAUGGUGUUCUGUUGCUCAAUAGCAAUGGAAUGGAUGUUUUCUACACAGGAACUUCUCUUACAUACAAGAUUAUUGGAGGUGUUCUUGACUUUUACUUCUUUUCUGGGCCUAGUCCUCUGAAUGUUGUUGAUCAGUACACUACCUUAAUUGGUAGACCAGCUCCAAUGCCUUACUGGGCCUUUGGAUUCCACCAAUGCAGAUGGGGAUAUCACAAUCUCUCAGUGGUUGAAGAUGUUGUGGAGAAUUACAAGAAGGCUCAAAUCCCACUUGAUGUGAUUUGGAAUGAUGAUGAUCACAUGGAUGGAAAGAAGGACUUCACACUCAACCCUGCGAACUACCCUCGUCCAAAGCUUUUGAACUUCCUGGACAAGAUACACAACAUUGGCAUGAAAUAUAUUGUCAUUAUAGACCCUGGAAUUGCUAUUAACACCAGUUAUGGUGUUUAUCAAAGGGGUAUGGCUAAUGAUGUUUUUAUCAAAUAUGAUGGGGAACCCUUCGUGGCUCAAGUUUGGCCUGGGGCAGUAAACUUCCCUGAUUUUCUUAAUCCAAAGACGGUUUCUUGGUGGGUUGAUGAGAUCCGCCGCUUCCAUGAACUUGUACCUGUUGAUGGCCUGUGGAUCGACAUGAACGAGGUGUCAAAUUUCUGUUCUGGAAAGUGCAAACUUCCCAAGGGAAAGUGCCCUACUGGAACAGGACCUGGAUGGAUAUGUUGCUUGGAAUGCAAGAACAUCACAAGCACAAGGUGGGACGAUCCUCCAUACAAAAUUAACGCCUCAGGAAUAAAAGCUCCUAUUGGCUUCAAAACAAUAGCCACUAGUGCAUACCACUAUAACGGUGUGUUAGAGUAUGACGCUCACAGUCUUUAUGGCUUCUCACAAACCAUUGCAACUCACAAGGGCCUUCAAGGGCUUCAAGGAAAAAGACCCUUUAUUUUGUCCCGUUCUACUUAUGUUGGUUCAGGCAAAUAUGCUGCACAUUGGACAGGUGACAAUCAGGGAACAUGGGAAAACUUGAAGUACUCUAUCUCCACAAUGCUCAAUUUUGGCAUAUUUGGGGUGCCAAUGGUGGGUUCAGAUAUAUGUGGGUUCUAUCCACAGCCUACUGAAGAACUAUGCAAUAGAUGGAUUGAAGUAGGGGCUUUCUACCCAUUCUCAAGGGAUCAUGCAAACUACUACUCCCCUAGACAGGAGCUUUACCAAUGGCAGUCAGUGGCUGAGUCUGCUAGAAAUGCUUUGGGGAUAAGGUAUAAGCUGCUUCCAUUCCUUUACACCCUGAACUAUGAAGCUCAUGUCAGUGGAGCCCCAAUAGCCAGACCUCUUUUCUUCUCAUUCCCAACAUACACUGAAUGUUAUGGCCUUAGCACCCAGUUCUUGCUAGGAAGCAGUCUAAUGGUCUCUCCAGUGCUUGAGCAGGGGAAAACACAAGUUAAAGCACUGUUUCCUCCCGGUAGCUGGUACAGUUUGCUUGAUUGGACUCACACCAUUACAUCAAAGGAUGGAGUCUAUGUUACCCUGGAUGCUCCUCUGCAUGUUGUCAAUGUGCAUUUGUAUCAGAAUACCAUUCUUCCAAUGCAGCAGGGUGGAAUGGUCUCCAAGGAGGCCAGAAUGACACCCUUCACCCUCAUCGUAACCUUCCCAUCUGGCGCAGCACAAGGAGAGGCUAAGGGCAACCUUUUCCUUGACAAUGAUGAAUUACCAGACAUGAACCUUGGAAAUGGCUAUUCAACCUAUGUUGAUCUGUAUGCAACUGUGAACGAAGGAGCCGUGAAAGUUUGGUCAGAUGUCCAAGAGGGGAAGUUUGCCUUGGAUAAAGGUUGGAUCAUUGACUCCAUAUCAGUGUUGGGAUUAGAUGGAAGUGGAGCAGUUUCUUCACUUGAGAUAGAUGGAAAGCCUUUAAUUGGUGCGUCAAAUGUGAAUGUUAGUACAUCACAACAUGAGCACUUGAACAGUGAGGGAGAAGGAGAAAAGAAAACUGUCAUGGUUGCUUUGAAGGGCUUGAAGAUCCCAGUGGGUAAAAACUUUGCUAUGACCUGGAAAAUGGGGUGAAGAUAGUUUCAGUGCCCUCAAUAUGUUAUUUAUGAUUUUGCAACUUUGUUGUGUUCUUUUCCUUUCUACAAUUCUUGUAGGUGUUGUGAGGGAGAGGAGAUGAGCUAGAAUUGUGCUCGUCCUUUUCCAUUUUAAGUAGCAAUUUCAAUGUUAUGUUAGUUUUUUUUU